UUGUGUGUUCUAGGCCUGUGUUUAUAAUGGCAGAUUCCAACACGUGUUUUGUGUGCGAUAAAGCAUUUCAGCUGCGAAAAACUUUAUACGCGCACAUCAGGAAAAUGCAUGAUGUAGAGCCAAAUACAGAAGGUACGAUUAAGUGCCCACAAGACGACUGUAGCCAUUCCUUAAAUACAUUGGCUUGUUUGAGAGCACAUGUGGAGGAAAAGCACAUGGUUCGAACUGCGGAUGAAAAGAUUGUAUUCCAGUCAAUGGACGACUUUCUAAAAUGGAAGUCCAAAGAGGAGAAGUUAGCGAGAUGUAGCUUUGUGAUGCAUGGUGGUGCGAAGCAUGUGAAGGGUGCCACCAAAAUCACUUAUGUAUGUCACAGGUCUGGGAUAUUCAUAUCUCGGUCAAAGGGCAAGAGGCUACUGAAGUCUCAAGGCAGUAACAAAAUGGGUGGCCACUGCACGUCUGCCAUUGAGGUCAGCCAAGAAAAAAAUGGAACGUGUACUUGUGUUUAUUUUAAAACACAUUUCGGCCAUGAACUGAAUAUUGGUUUUCUGCACCUUAGUAAAUCUGAAAGGGAGAUUAUUGCGGGUGAGUUCAACAUUAGAAUAAAUGUUUUUGCUACAGCAGUUUUUAUAAUUUUUAAGGCAAUGAAAUUUAGUUGCCUAUCUAGAAUCAACCUUGUGUAA